AUGUCGCAAAACUCACAACCCCUGCGAGAGCCUUCUCUUCUCUCCCGGAUAGGGGCUCGCGUCGAUGAUCCCCCCCAUCAUGUGUCGCCGAGUCAGGGGAAUCCUCGUUCAUACCAUUCCAAUCAAAGGGAAGAGACUGGUUUCACACCUUUGAAAAACAAUAGCAAGGGGAUGUGGCCCCGGCCACCACCGGGGUUGGCCGCUACAACAGGUCACGCUGGUCGUCACCCCCAAGCCAAGCAGCAUGUGUCAGGCUCUUCCUUCGUUGAUCGUGUUCCUGAUACCCCCAGAACGACGGCCUUUUCACUGGGUACAGCCACCCAAGAUUGUAACAACCAUGCAUAUGUUAUCUCAGCAACUGUAUCCACCUCCGGAUCUCCCGCUGGGUCCGAUAUAAAGGCUAUGUCUGUUGACGAGCCGCUGGAUUCCAAACAGUUUCGGAAACAGAGCUCCAGAAUGUCUGUCGAUCCUUCUCCGUUGACAGGCACCUAUCGCAAGGCUUCGUCCCGAAUGUCGGUCGAUCCACCUGGCCUCUGCGCUCAGCGUAAGACUGCAUCCCCGAUAACCUCCCACAGCAGGCUUACAGUCAAUAUCGUCCCUCAUUUACCACUCGCCCGAAUGUCCCGCCGACUCGCAAUACUUUGGCACAUUUGCCACGAGAAUGUUGAUCCCCAAUUCCCCGGCACACCCUUCGGGUCGCUCAAAAUCCUUACCAGCUGGAACUCCCGGGACGUUCUCUCCAAAACAUGGGACUCCAGCUUCAAGGCAGGGGAGUAG